AUGGACACAUACGUAGAGACGAAUUACAUAGAUGGUGGUCAAGUGCCCAGAUACGAUGAGGAUCAACCUAGUCUUGAGGAGUCAACGCACUUACCUCCCCAUUUAAGCAACCAUGAUGGUUUAGAAGAAUCACUACAUCACCAUCAACAACAACAACAUCAACAACAUCAACAACAUCAACAACGUCUUGCAGAUGACGAACAAGUAGUACAAGAAGUUGAAGAGGAAGAAGAAGAAGACUAUGAUGAGGAUGAAAUAAUACCAUCGCACCAAACUAUAGUUGACGAGUCGGAAUUACUUGCUGCACAAGCAGCUGCUGAAGCUGCAGCUGCUGCGCAACAACAAGAACCUGGUGAUGUAUUCAACAAUGUAGCUCAAGGUUUAGAGGGGCCCCAUCGUGAUAUGAUGAUGCAAUACUGGCAAGAGACUAUAAACUCUAUUGAACAUGAUGACCACGAUUUUAAGAAUCAUCAGCUACCAUUGGCUAGAAUCAAAAAAGUGAUGAAGACUGAUGAAGAUGUGCGCAUGAUUAGUGCUGAAGCUCCCAUUUUAUUUGCUAAAGGUUGUGACAUUUUCAUUACCGAGUUGACUAUGAGAGCAUGGAUUCAUGCUGAAGAGAAUAAGAGGAGAACGUUGCAAAAAUCGGAUAUCGCUGCUGCUUUGACCAAGAGUGACAUGUUUGAUUUUUUGAUUGAUGUUGUGCCUAGAGAAGAGGAGAAGUCAUCAAAGUGA